UGGAAACCAAUUUGAGCGGUUCCAUCCCAACUUGGACACGAUGGGCGAUGUUCGCGUCGUUUGUCGCGUGCGCCCCCCCAACGCCAUGGAGCUUGCGCGUGGCGCCGCGGGUGUGCGAUGCGUAAAGACGCAGUCACCUGGCCUCGUGCAGGUGUACUCGGACGGUAUUGAAAGCGGGAGUGCGCCGCAAGCAUUCACGUUCGACAGUGUGUUUGGCGAAGAGUCCACACAACAGCAAGUGUUUGACGAGGUUGCACGACCCGUCGUGGCAGACAUCAUGGAGGGGUACAACGCUACGAUAUUCGCGUAUGGACAGACGAGCAGUGGGAAGACGUUCACGAUGGAAGGGGCAAGCAUCGACGACGAAGCUUUGCGCGGCAUCAUUCCCCGCACGGCGACGGAACUCUUCGCCCGCCUUAUGGAGGCCGACGAGAACAUGGAGUUUGUUGUGAAAGUGAGCUACAUCGAGAUUUACAUGGAGCGCAUACGGGAUUUGCUUGAUCCGUACAAGACUAAGAUCAAUCUCCAAGUUCGCGAGGACAACGACAAGGGCAUUUACGUCGACGGCGUCACCGAGUUGUGCGUGACGAGCGACGACGAACUGCUGUCCACCAUGCGAAGCGGAGCCGCAAACCGCGCGGUCGCCGCGACCGGUAUGAACGAAGGCAGUUCGCGCUCCCACAGCGUCUUCAUGGUAACGUUGUACCAGCGCAACCUAGAAACAAACUCCACCAAAGUCGGCAAGCUUUACCUCGUCGAUUUGGCCGGCAGUGAAAUGGUUCGCAAGACGGGGGCGUCGGGGAAGCAGCUCGAAGAAGCCAAAACGAUCAACAAGUCACUCAGCGCGUUGGGAAUGGUGAUUAAUGCCCUCACGACGGCCAACGUGACAUUCGUCCCAUACCGCGACAGCAAGCUGACGCGUGUGCUGCAAGAAGCGCUGGGCGGGAACUCGCGCACGUCGCUCAUCAUAAACGUGUCCCCGAGCAUCUUCAACGCUCCCGAGACCAUAUCCACGCUCCGAUUUGGCAAUCGCGCCAAGGCCAUCAAGAACAAGGCCGUUGUGAACGCCGAGAAGAGCGCCGAAGAGUACAAGCAACUGCUUGCCAAGGCGGAGAAAGUGAUCAGCAUGCAGCAAAACUACAUUCUCGUGCUUGAGACGCGGCUCAAGCAGCAACCACCGUCUGUCCCACAGCCACCUCCCGCGGCUCCAGUCCUUGCCGCCCCGGUGGAACCUGCCGUCACCCCGGAGAUUGCUGUUCCAGCGAGUCAGUCGGCUGAGCAAGAAGCCGCCGCCUUGGUAGCUCUCCAAGCGCUGCAGGAACGAAUCGUGCGCCUGGAAGAGCAACUCGCGGAGGAGCAGAACGAAUCGGCGCGCCGCGGCGACGAAAUCCGAUCGCUCACGGCUGUCCUGAACGACAAGCAAGCUGUGGCGGACAACCUGACCCUCCAGCAGCACACGUGGGAACGCCAGAGGAUGGACGACCAGACAUCUCGUUUGCUGCAAGAGGAACUAGCCAACAUGAAGCUCGAAAUGGACAAAGUCGUGUUUGAGAACCAAGAGAUUAAGCUGCAUGUGGCAACGCUCCAGCAAGAGCAGGAACGACUCCUCGCUGUGGAAGCGUCGCAGGCCACGUCGUCGAACGACCUCGUGGCCAACACAGCGGCAUUGGCUGAAAGCAACGGAGUCGAAGCAGACAUGGACAUGGCAGCCGCGACUUUGCCACCUCCAACGCCACCAGUAUCGCGCGUCGGUAGUGCAGUCGUGGCAAGUGGCGAAGACACCGCGGCAAAGUUGGAGAUGGAGCUCAAGGCCGCGCAGGACGAACUGGUCCAGCACCAAACGCAGGCCCAAAAAGACAUUCAACGAUUCACAGAAGAGCGUCGUCAACUCACAAACCAGAUCCAGGAACUGGCGCUUCAACUGCAAACUGUGCAGUCGAACCAGCAAGCCAUCUUGUCGACCACUGGACCGACUGGAAUGUCCGCGCGCGAACGACAGCACAUGCGCUCGAUUCAGCAAAAACUCGAGCAACUCGUGGCAGUGCACCGCCAGUUGCUGCGCAAGUAUGCGUCGUUGGAAGCUGAACACAACGAAGCACGGCAGAAACUCAGCCUCCGCGACGACCGCAUCAAAUCUCUCGAGGCCAACACACGACUGAUGGCAAGCAACAUGCGGCUGCAAUCGGAGAAGCACUUGGAAGAGCUCAGCGCGCUGCAUGUUCAACUUGCCGAGCUGCGCAAGAACAUGGCGAUGGAUCUCGAAGACCGCGUCAGCCUGGACGGGUCGGCCAGUGCAACGUCUUCAUCCGCGUCGUCGGCCGCCGUGCGACGCCAAACUAGCGUGUAUGUUCGUCAAGGAAGCAUAGUGGGCGACGGCGUCAUCCGACCCAUUCGCGGCGGUGGCCGACGGCAGAGCACGAUGGAUUCGCCUCCCAAGUCGAUCCAGACACCGGACACCCCCAGCGCCGCCGGUGGCCUCGGCUUCCUGCAGCGUAUGCUCGGUCUCAAGUAAGGAACGUAACCAGUGGGUUUGAUGUGUUUUUAUACAAGCGGGUGGACCAACUACAUUUCACCCCAGUCCGCGUCGUCGUCGU